AUGGAGUUUGAAGAAGAAGGGUUUCGAUUUCGCCCUGAGAAUUCAGAGUUACUUACAUACCUUCUCAGGUUUAUCGCUGAAAAAGAUUUGCAUGACGAUGGUUUUAUUACUGAGUGUGAUGUUUACAAACAAGAACCUUGUCUAACUUAUAGCCGUGGGCGUCAUUGUGGAGGAGGAGAUGAUGGGGAUACUAGUAUUUUUCGAUACUUCAUUUCACCCAGACAUAAAAAAAAGAAAACUAACGAUAGAUUUUGCAGAGUUGUGGGUAAAAAUCUUGGGACUUGGAAGCAACAAGAUAAGGGGAAAAUGGUUGUGAGUAAACAUAACAAGUCUUUGAGUAUGGGACUCAAGAAGAGUCUCUAUUAUGAUACUAACAUGUGUUGUCCUGAUGAUGGCAAGUGGCUCAUGAAGGAAUAUGUUUUUUGUGAUGCUAUUCUUAGAAAGUUCGAAAACUCUAAUUUUAAAGACUAUUGUAUUUGUGCAAUAAAAAUGAAGCCCGAAAAAAAUUCUGCUAGUUGUUCUCGAAGUAGUAAUGUAAGUACAACUGUUAUGGAUUUUUCUGAUGAACAGAAGGUGGAUACAAAGGUGAUUUCAGGGGUAAAUUCUGUUGUGCCACGGAUGGAUCAGGAAUGUAAGGACGUCACUCCUAUCAAUAUUGUUGAACCAAUGCUGCAAAUUCAAGAGGCUUCAUCAGGUGAAGAGAAGAUCAAAGAGCUAUUAGAAAAUGAUGAUCCUGAAAUAAUGCUUAUGCGGAAUGAGGACUAUGGAAUGAUCAAUCAUCCUAUCAAUGUCGUUGAAAAUCCAGCGAUGGAAGCUACUGGUGAAUGGAAUGGUGUUUUGGAAUUUGAGAACACAAUGCCAGAAAAUAAUCUGCCUAAGGAACCAGCACACCUGCAGCAAGAUUGUCCUUUUGGUGUUAGUGAGGACCGUAUUGCAAGCUUUGUUGGACUACUAUCUGGUUGUGGGAACUCUGCUAUCAGGAACAAUCAAGAGGCCCCCGGAGAAGAGAAUGGUCAGUUGGAGCUAAAUACUUUUUCUCAAAUACAACAACCUAUGAUUCCUGACUUUGCGAAUGUGAAGUCAAAUAUAACUAUGCUUGAAAGAUAUGAUACUUUGGCUGAAUAUAUGGGUGUCGAUGUAUUGAUGAAUCCGAACAAUGAGCUGCUGAUCCAUCCUUUUGAUAUUUCUAAACGAGCAAUAGUAGAAUCUAAUCAAGAGGCUGCUGGUGAAGAGAAUGGUCUGUUGGGGCAAACUGUGUCGCCUUUUUCCAAAGUACAAGAAUUUGUUAUGGCAGAAAAUAAUGUGCCUGAAAUGUUCGAUAUGGGUGAUACAUUGUUGGAGAUAAACCAGACACCACAAGAAGAAUCUGAGACACUUUGUGAAACAGAAGAAUCCAGCUUUGUUGCAGACCUUACAGAAGCCUUGUUAGAUUAUGAGCCUUUGAAGGAUAUAUCAGAUGCAAUUAGGAGUACAUUAUUGUUGGACCAACAAUCUUGGCAGUCUAAGGCGCAUUUACAAGAUAUGCUGCUCUGA